AUGGAGCAGCACAAGAACAAGUACCUUGAGAAUUUUGCAAUUAUGUAUGGGAAUCAAACAGUCGAGGAGUUCAGAAGAAUCAUCAUAAGAGAUGAGCAAAUCGUAAGAGCAUGCUACGCAGAAUCAACGGACUGGAUCAGCUCUGAAGACUUUGUUGAAAUGAUACUCAUUGACUCGGUGUUCAUACUAAUGUUUUUAAAGCAGAUUGGACCAAGAUACAUCGACAAAACAGGAGAUUUUCUUUUCGACCAGCCGUGCCACCGAGACACUAUCUUUGAAGACCUACUCUUGCUUGAGAACCAACUUCCAUUUUCCCUUUUAGAAAAUCUCUUUGGACCCUUCUUCAUAAAGAUUGGGAGCAACAUAACGUUCCGUGACUUUAUCCUUGGACACUAUGGCUACAAAAAUAGGAUCAAACCAGAAGUGAAAUUCCUUCAUAUUACAGAUAUGUUUCGGUGUGUCCGUGUUGAGAAGCUUGGUCUGACAAAAGAAGAUCAUAUUAAGGAACAGCGUAUGAAGAAGUUCCUAAUAAAAAAUCUUCACAACGCAGACGAGCUAGACAGUGCAGGGGUUGAUAUUGUAGGGCAUAAAGUAGAGAGGGGCACAUCUUUUGUGAUCAAAUUCGAACGUGGUGUUUUGACAAUGCCUUGCUUCACAGCACGUGGUCACACGGAAAGGAUGUGGAGGAACAUAAUGGCGCUAGAGCAGUGUCACUAUACUUACGCAGCCUAUGUUUGUCACUACAUCACUUUCUUGGGCUUCCUCAUCAACACCGAGCAAGACGUUGAAUUACUCGUCAACAAAGGGGUUAUAAAGAAUUUGUUGGGACAUUCCGAAUCGGUGGUGAAUAUGGUGAACAAGAUGUGCUUAGGGCUCGCUGAUAAUGGCUCUUACUAUUACGAUAUAGCCGAGAGACUUGAAAAAUACUGCGACAACCGUCUCAACAGAUCCUUCGCCACUCUCCGGCGAGUCUACUUCAAAGACCUGUGGACUGGAACUGCGACCAUCGCAGCAGUUAUAAUUCUGGUCUUGACUUUGAUUGGGACAGUGACUUCCCUUCUCCAAGUGACGCAGGACGACAAUGAUCCCACUAAGUCCCUGCUUCCACCCCCUCCUUCCCGGGACUUGUAGAUACGUUCUUGCCACUGGAAGAAACGAAUUAUUUCAUUGUUCUUAUAAAUCUUCUCUUAUUUAAUUACACAUAUUUAAUAAUUGCUUCCGUCCGGAGGAAGAAACAAAACUUUUUUUUUUCCACACAACUAUAUUUAACUUUGUUUUUCUCUUUAAUUAUCUUACUCACUUCGUA